UUGAACUUUGUUUAUGUUUAGCAAUUUGAUUUCUGGUGUUAUCUACCAGCAUGCUUCACACAUAAAUGAGAGAAUAAGAACUGUAUGUAAAAACCAUAAAAUGCUUAUUUAUAUGUAUGUGGUUAACAUCUUUUACAAUGCCAAAUACAGUUGAAAGAUCAAGGAAAAGGUGUUGUAUUGAAUUUCUUUGUUGUACACUUUUACUUUUAUUUUUUAUUCCAAUAAGAAUAAAAAACUUGGAUGAAGAAGAAAUACAAUUUCAAAACUACAUUGCAACUUACAACAAAUCUUAUAACUUAUCCGAGUAUGGUGAGAGGUUAAAAGCGUUUAAGCAUUCUUUAGAAAACAUAAGGCAACUGAAUUUAAAUAAAACCAGUAACACUGCUAAAUAUGGGCCUACAAAAUACUCUGAUAUGCUCCCACAGGAAUUCCACGAGUUAAAAUUAUUACCAGACGUAUCUAAUCAAUUACAACGAAUUUUACUCCCACAAUACUUUAACCUUAACUCCGAUGAAGAUAGUUCAGAAAGGAUAAAGCAAAGUGUUAGUAGGAGCAUACCUGAAAAAGUCGAUUGGAGAGAGAAAAAUGUCGUAACCAAAGUAAAGAGCCAACAGUCGUGUAGUGCAUGUUGGGCAUUCGCUGCUGUUGGAAUGAUUGAAUCGGUCAACGCAAUCGGUAGUGGCAAGUUGCAGAGCCUCAGCGUACAAAACAUUAUUGACUGCGCACCAUUCGAUGGCUGUGAUGGAGGCAACGUUUGUGCACUCUUGAGCUGGAUGAAGAGGAGUAAAUUCGUAAUAAGUAAGGAAAGUGAUUACCCUUUAACUUUAAGGAACGGAAAGUGUAGGAAAAUGUCUACUGAAGGUGUACACAUACACGAUUUUAUUUGUAAGGAUUUUGUAGGUGCCGAAGAACAGAUUCUGUAUUUCUUAGCUGUCAACGGACCUGUAGCGGUUGCCAUUAACGCAUUAUCUUGGCAACACUACAUCGGUGGAACAAUUCAGUUUCACUGUGAUGGGAACCCUUCUAAACUCAACCACGCCGUUGAGAUAGUCGGAUAUGACCUGACUAAAGACGUUCCCCAUUACAUCGUUAAGAAUUCCUGGGGAGAAGACUUUGGAGAUAACGGGUACUUGUAUGUGGCCAUAGGGAAGAAUAUGUGCGGAUUAGCUUAUGAAGUGGCAGUGGCUAUUAUUUAAAAAUGAAAUCGCUUAUUGAAGAAAUAUGGUAUUAUUUUUGUUCUAAAUAAAGUUAUAAAAUAAUCUUA